AAUCUUGAAUUAAACUAACAAAAACAGUCACAUAGUCCAAAAAUUUAAAUCCAUCCAUCCCAAGUUCAAAGAAAUCUAACCACGCAUAUUCAUGUUCUCAACAGUAAUAAUUCGGAAAUCCUAGCAGACAAUCAUGAUAAAAAUCGAGUUAAAGAUCAGCAAAACCCGUCCCAAUGGAGAACUACUGCUGCUGUCCAACCAAAGUCUGCAGAAAAGAGAACAGAGGCUGGGCGCUGCGUCUGGGUCUUGGUCCUCUACAGAAUUUUCGAGAAGCAACCCAAAAAAAAUAAAUAGAUGUGCACAGCUUCCUUCUGCAGAUCCAGCAGCUGUAUUGUUCCUUCCGUGCAGAGCAGAUUCGGGGCUUCCUUCCAAUUAGGCUGGGCGGCUGCUUUUCCUCCAAUGUGCAGAGCAAUCUUGCGCGGCUGUGUGUUUUUCUCAAUUCUGUCGAGUAGCAUAUAUAUAUAUUCAGAAAUUAAAAACCCUUAUUUCUU